AUGGCCAAUCAAGCGUCAACGACGCCAGCGACGCUCCCCGGGCCUCUCAGGCGGGACAGCUGGAACAAACUUCCAGGCUUUGGUCUCCCGUUGACGGACAUGCCUCGCCAAUGGAAGGACCGUGGUAACGGCCGCACUCGGUUUCCGAAUGCCAUUUCAGACUGGGCCGUCGAGGGUGUGACGGUUAGGGAACGGACAAUGCUCGAGUUUAUCAACCUGAUCACUGACAAACCGGACUGGGAUCGAAAGGUCUUUGAUGAAGGCAUCGUCCAGAAGUGGCGGCUGGAGAGUGCGGCGCAUGGGGCUGAUUUCUCCGAGAAGAUGUUUGAUUUUUGCGUUCUCGAGCUUCGAGACAAAGCCAAACGGUUUCAAGAGACUGGUAUGGUGGCUGUUCUGGACACUCAGGCCGCUGUAGUCAAAUCUGACAACAUCAUUCCGCCUGAACUCCAAGAAACGCUUCGCUCCGCAAUUCUGCCUCUGGAGGACGUUCCGGAGAACGAAAAGGACUGGCACCCAGGAUCUGACGGGAAGGUCCUUGAUCUGGUGCACCCAUCCUUAUUUCCUCUGAUCUAUGGGAGAUCUCGGAUACUACCAAAAGCCCGAGUAGGGCUCGCAGAUUGUUUGGAGCGUUGCGGUAGUGGUGAAGUCGUCCCUGACAAUGACGACGAUCUAAACUGGCCGCCGAGCAACGUGCCGUGGCUUAAUGCCUCCGAUGAUUCACCAAAUUUUUGGUCGAACCAAUUCCAGUGGCUGCCCUGUGAUGUUCAUUUCACCGCAGACGAUGGUGUCAAGAUUUCCAGCUACAUCAAUAACUUGCACCCUAUACAGCAUGCGGGUCUCUAUGGUGUUAUCGAACAGUUCAUCACAAAGACGAUCCCAUUAUGGGAUGAAACACUAACGCGUUUUCAUCCAAGGCUGCGAAUUAAUGUGGACCACGACGAAUGGGAGUAUCCACUGGGACGUUCACGUCCCCCUCAGGACGACGAUCCGCCCUCCGAUGACGACUACUUUUGGGAACUCGAGCACGACUGGGAGAUGACCAACCGCGUGCUCAUCCAGCCAGAGCCCGUGGAAUACACCAACCGUUACACCUCAAUUCCGGAUUGUCCGGUCAAUCUAAGACAACAAUUCAGGAAACAAGGCCUUCAGGUCAUCGUAAAGCUAGCCAACAUACAUCUGACACCGGGGACAGAGUACAAAGGCGGCUCGUGGCACGUGGAGGGUGCUCUGAACGAACAUAUUUGUGCCACGGCUAUCUACUACUACGAUUCCGUGAAUAUCACUGAGAGCUUCCUUGCCUUCCGGCAACGUGUCGAUCCAGAGGAAAUGCUUAUGAAGCCAAACCAGGGCGACUGGGUUGGCAUCGAACAGCUCUACGGCAUUGAGAAUGAAGGUGCCGCGGUCCAGCCCGUCGGCCUCAUCAACACCCGUCAAGGCCGUCUCCUCACCUUUCCCAACGUUCUCCAACACCGCGUCAACCCCUUCCGCCUCGCCGACCCCACCAAACCCGGUCACCGCAAGAUUCUGGCUCUCUUUCUCGUAGAUCCACACAUUCGCACCAUAUCAACGGCCAAUGUGCCGCCACAGCGACAGGAUUGGUGGACCCACGAGCUGAGGAGACAAGACACGAGGCUGGCAAGGCUGCCUGAGGAGCUGUUGGGGCAUGUUAUGAGUUAUGUGGAUUUCCCGAUUGGAAUCGAAGAGGCGAAAGAGGAAAGGUUGAGGUUGAUGGCGGAGAGGGCGGUGAUUGAUCAUGGAGUCAACGAUGAGUACGAGAAGGUAGAAGGACUCGACGUCUGGUCUUUCGUGUGUUGA